AUGUGGGCUUCAAAGCUUCUCAAAGGUCGAAGUGCAAGAUCGAUCACCAAGACCUCAAUUGCAACAGCUGCCUCAGCGCCAACAUCGCAAGCUGAAUUCAGUGCCAACUCACAAGCCUUCUCCGUAGCUGUGACUGAGCUGCUCGAAUGUCUGGACUUUGUGCUUGAUCAGUUGGAUGACCAAGGAGAACAUGGAGACUUGUUACAGUUUCACCUGUCACGGCUCGCGAAGGAGAUAUCCAAGUACGAAAACUCAAGGGUUAAUGAACAAGUUUCAAAACCAUGGACUGGGGAUCGCCGUUUGCUUGAGCUACUGCUUGCCGCCUGCAGAUGCGCAUGUUCUGUCUACAAACCAGAUAUCCAUCCAGGAGGCGACCUCGUACCAGUGAUCUCACGCACGCCAUCGAUCACCGGGACUGUCAAAGCUACUUCAAUAUGGAAGGCUGAAGAUACAAACACACUCUUCGUUUCCAUAAGAGGCACAUCUUGCAAGACAGAUCAUCUUGUAAACUUCAACAAAAACCAGAAGGAUGCUGCCUCAGUCUUUACGUUCCCAGGUACUGAAGAGCAAAUCUUUGCCCAUAGUGGCUUCUUGGCUUGUGCAACAACUCUGCUUCCCUGGCUCACCGAAGAGAUAAUCCGCCAAGUUACAGCCGACAAGAGUUUGGAAGACAUAGUAUUCACAGGUCACUCAGCCGGCGGAGCUGUUGCAGCAAUGAUGUUCUUGCACUUUGUCUGCCACUGCCCAAGCGAUCUAUUUGAUGUCAAGUUCUCACUUAUCACAUUCGGCGCUCCGCCGGUUACUUCAACCAACACUACCGAGCUUGCUCAAAGCCUCCCUCAAACUCGUCAUGUCUACGCUGUUGUCAACGAAUACGAUUUAGUUCCGAGGGUGGACCAAGGCUACAUCACAUCUAUCAUUAGUCUCUACCGAUCUGCCUACGGACUACCGUUAUCUGAAUUCAAUAAUACCACGUUUACGAACAACACUCAAGUUGAGAGGAAUCAUGACACUACUUGGAGGCUCCCUCCACCCGAAUUCUAUGUCGUUGGAAAUAUCAUUGUGUUGAGAGCCAAACUGGACUUAAAUACCGUAGAGCUGAGAUCAGCUCAACUCAAUACGGAAACGAAUACGCCACCACAAAAGCUCGAUAUACUAAGAGUAUCUCCAAUUGAGUUUUGCAAAUUAGUCUUCUUUGAAAUAUCUGUACAUAAGCGGAGGAUAUAUCUCAACAGAUUGGAAAGAUUGGUACAGGAGUCUGGGGGAACUGUAUGA